GUUUUUUUUAUUGAAGAUACUUAAUUUAUUGAAAAAAAUAUUAUUUUUUCUUGUUCCCUCUCAUUGUUUAUAUGACAAUAACACAUCGACAAAAGCCUUCUGGAAGUACACUGAGUGUAGUAACUAAUGCAGAUGGAGGAUCUGCAGUAGACGACAAGGAACCUCCUAAAUACCAUUGCGAUGCUUGUUCUAAUGAUGUCACUAACACGGUCCGUAUUCGUUGUGCAGAUAAGGAUUGUCCAGACUUUGAUCUCUGCGUCACUUGCUUUUGUGGUGGAGCUGAACCCGUCAAGCACAAGACUUGGCACGACUACCGUAUCGUCAAACCACACAGUUUUCCUAUUUUCAGUGAGGAUUGGGAUGCAGACGAAGAACUCUUGUUGAUUGAAGCAGCAGAAAAGAUGGGCAUCGGUAAUUGGCAAGCCAUUGCUGACUAUGUAGGCACCAAGGGUAAAACAGAGUGUGAACAGCAUUAUUUGGAUGUCUAUGUCUCGAGUCCUAACUGGCCUUUGCCUCGUAUGAACCUCAAGUUUGAAGCAAGUGAAGAUGAGUGCCGUGAACGCAAACGACAACGGCUACAACAGUCGCGUGGCCUAGUGCCUCGCAAACCAGCUUCUUCUCAACCCAACAAUGCAAAGCCUAUCACCAGUGGGCCAUCGUUUCAUGAGAUUCAAGGUUAUAUGCCUCGUCGAUUUGAAUUUGAAACAGAGCAUGAAAAUGAUGCAGAGCAGUUUGUCAAGGAUAUGGUGUUCAAUGACGAUGACACACCGGAAGAGGUAGAUUUGAAAGUGAUGGUAUUGGAUAUCUAUAAUUCUCGACUGGAUCGACGUAUGGAGCGAAAGAAUUUGAUAUUUGAGAGAAGAUGGCUUGAUUUUAAGCGUAUGCAGGCUACAGAAAGAAAACGACAAAAGGAAGAACGUGAGAUUUAUAACAAGACGCGUGUCUUUUGUCGAUUACAGACAGAAGCAGACUAUGACUUGUUCGUCAAGGGCUUGAUUAAAGAGCAACAAUUACGGGACAGAAUAGCAACACUACAAGAAUGGAGACAGGCAGGCCUUACGACUAUCAAACAAGGAGAACAAUACGAAAGGGAGAAACAGAAUAGACUAGCUCAGUUAAAGACACUAGCUCAAUUAUCCAAUGAUAGACUAGGCUCAGCUAGCACAGUUCAACGGAAUAUGUAUCGCUCUCAAAUGGCUGCUUUAACUACAUCCAAUGGAGCCAAUUAUUAUCGAGAUAGACUACUUCAACCUACACCCAGUACACCUCCUACUACCAUCACGUCAGCAGCAGCUUCUGGUGGCAGAAAACCAGCCAAUCCUUUGAAUAUUCAGGAUGCAGAUGGUGUUCAUUUACUGACAGAAGAAGAGCAAGUGUUAUGUUCAACAUUGCGUAUCAUGCCUCGUCCUUAUCUUGUUAUUAAGGACACAAUACUUAAAGAAUACGCUAAACAUGGAUUUAUGAAACGAAGACAAGCACGCUCAUUGAUCAAGAUUGAUGUGAAUAAAACCAGCCGAAUUUAUGACUUUUUUGUUGAAAGCGGUUGGAUCAAAGCAUUCAGAGACCCUUCCACUUUACCGCAACCAUCACCACAACCAUCGCCUGCAAAUAACCCACCACUAACCGAAGCAAGCUAAAUAUCUCUCUAUACAUUAUACACCGAGGACUAUUAUUAUUAUUAUUAUUUUUUCUUUUUCCACUAUUUAAGCAGAUUGUUUUUUCCGCAUCUAUUUAAUAAACGAUA